ACGUAGUGUUACGUUAUUAGCGAAUGUGAAUACAUUUGAAGUGUCGAGCAAUGUUUUGUGGACAUAUAUUUGUCGUGGCCCUGAGUGUUGCAGGCAUCCUGGCUGCACCCAAGAAGAAAGUAGCAUGUGCAUUAAACGACUUAUCAUGCACAACCCUUACGGCCGAUCCGUUAUUUAAAUCCAUCAUGAGGGGUCGACCAGAUCUUAAUGUCCCUGCUUCGGAACCGCUUCGGGAAGCCGAAAUAAGCGGACGCCUUGACGAUAUGUAUUACAAUCUUACUGAUGCUGAAUUACACGGCAUGUCGGAUUGUUCAGUUAAAAGUCAUAACAUAAACUUUCUCCAGCUUUCAUGGAGUUUCCUGUUGUAUUGUCCAAAAUUAGUUCUCCAAUCAAACUAUGACCUUUCUGGUUCGAUCCGCAAUAUUCCUAUCGAAGGCAGAGGCAGAUCUAAUAUUGUACAUGAAAAAUAUCGUAUCGGCAUGCGUGGUGGAUUUGACGUUGUACUCGACCUUAAAGGAAGACCACACGUUCGCAUCAACCAUUACGAUAUCGACCGUCUAGAAGUGGUCGGGAAUAUCAGAUCCGAUUUUUCUAACUUGUAUAAUGGAGAUGUUGCUCGAUCGGCUGUGAUGCACAAAUACUUGAAUGAUAAUUGGAAGAGCAUUGGCUUCUACACCCAAUACCCUACGAUGCGUUCCUUCAUGAAGAGAAUGAUGGAAAACCUAAUCAAGUUCCUUCAAGUCGUGCCUGCUAAUGAAUUGUUUUUCAGAGAAGAGUGAUACCAUAAACAAGAAGCAAAUUUAAAGAAAAAACAAACUGAAAUAUAUAUUUUUGAUCACUAA